AUGGCGAGCGUGGCGGGCAGGGCCCUGGCGCAGGCAGACCCCGCCGCCACCAUGGGCGGCGACGUUGCCGCCCAGUUCACCAACCUGGAGGCGGAGCUGACCUCGCUGUGGGUGCUGGUCUGCUCCUUCUUCGUGUUCCAGAUGCAGAGCGGUUUUGCGCUGCUAGAGGCAGGCACCGUGCGGGCCAAGAACACCAAGAACAUCUUGAUGAAGAACGCGAUCGAUGCCUGCGUGGCCACCGUGUGCUGGUGGUCGGUGGGGGACGCCUUUGCCUACGGCAAGUGCGGCCAGAACGGCUUCAUCGGCGCCUACAACUUCUUCUCCAGCGAGGCCUCCGCCACAGGGGGCACCUACUGGGCCUUCUGGCUCUGGAACUGGGCCUUCUCGGCAACCGCCGCCACCAUCGUGUCGGGCGCCAUCGCCGAGCGGCUGCAGUUCAAGGCGUACCUCAUCUACACCACCGCCAUCUCGGGCUUCAUCUAUCCGGUGGUCGUGCACUGGGUCUGGAGCAACAGCGGCUGGCUGUCUGCCCGGCGCCGGGGCUGCGACCAGGCUGAGUACGACCCCCUGAUCAGCGGCACCAUGGGACUCAUGGACUUUGCCGGCUCCGGCGUGGUUCACAUGGUGGGGGGCGGCGCAGCCCUCAUGGCCUCUAUUAUCACGGGGCCCCGCCUGGGCCGGUUUGACGACCGGGGUGGAAAGCCAGGCGAUUUUGUGCCCUCCAAUCCGGUGUACCAGGCCCUGGGCACCUUCAUCCUGUGGCUGGGCUGGUACGGCUUCAACUCCGGCAGUACCAACUGCUUCGAAAACUGCAUGGGGGUGGCGGCGCAGACUGCCGUCAACACAACUCUGGCUGCCUCCUUCUCCGCCCUCACCUGCCUCGUGUGCGCCAUUGUGAUGGGCCUGCCGGGAGACAUCGGCCCCGUGCUCAACGGCGUGCUGGCGGGCGCAGUGUCCAUCACUGCAGGCUGCGCUCUGGUGCAGUCGUACGGCGCAGCCAUCAUCGGCAUCAUCGGCGGCCUCAUCUACACAGCCUCCAGCCGGCUGCUCGUGCGGCUCAAAAUCGACGACCCAGUGGAUGCGGCGCCUGUUCACUUCUUCUGCGGCGCAUGGGGCGUGGUGGCGGUGGGCUUCUUCGCCACAGAGACCUCUGUGCAGGCGGCAUACACGUAUGCCGCCGGCUGGGGCGUGUUUUACGGCGGCAAUGCCAAGCAGCUGGGCGUGCAGGUGUUGGGGGUGGUUGUGAUCGCCGCCUGGGCCUGCAGCCUGGCUGCCACGCUCUUCCUCGUCAUGAAAAAGAUGUGCUGGCUGCGCGUGCCGGAGCAUGUGGAGCGGCAGGGCCUCGACCUGGCGCAGGGGCUGUCCACGGGCAUCAUGGGCAAGUGCUUCAAGCGCUCUGCCUACACAAUGGCGGUGGAGAGCCACCUGGUGCGGCCCUCGGCCAAGCCGUCGCUCUCCCAGGUGCAGGAACACGAGAAGGCGGGGGGCAACGGAGCCUACUGA